ACUCUGGAACAUUUGAUUGUCAAACGUCCUGGGGCCGGUCUUAAUCUUGGACAUAUGCCCAGCCUGAAAAAGAGAUUUCCUGUUUUAUUCUUGGGCGAAUGGGAAGCCGUCACGCUUCUGGUUCGCGAAUGUUGUAUGCUGAGAGUUGUCAAUGAAUUGUCCGAUAAACCUCAAUGGUGGCACAAGGUCAAAGACGACACGAUCGCUGCAAAGUGGAAAUUGGAGGCUUUGACAAUCGACUGGUCAUCGUAUAUCGAGAAUGCUCACUUCACUCCUUCUAUGGCCGAUGCGUGCAUCAGUGAGCUACGCAAGAAAGCAGAAGUGUAUGAGCAGACAGGGCUUAUGCCGGUCUACGAUUACUGUACUGCAGUCAUCAAGUCUGAUAGCAUCCUGACCCCCGAGUUCGCCAGGUCUAUUCAAGAUGCCGUCAAACCACUUGAGAAUGUCCCUUCAGACUGCAAAGACUGGCACCCUAACAGCGACGAUCAAGUCUUGGAUUUAGUCCAUCCCUCCCUCUGGCCCUUGGUAUACGGUAGUUCUAAGGUGCUUCAUGACCGCACAAUCGGCAUUGAUGACGCUCUUGACCACUGCGGCAUGGGUACGACAAUACGCCAGCCGACAAAGGCGGAGGCUACACUAUCUCCCACCACCUCUUGGACGAAUACUUCAAAAAACAAGGCGUUGAGCAGGGAGUUUCAAUGGCUACCUUGUGAUGUGGACCUCGAUCGAAUCACCGGAAAAGCCAAAAUUUCGAGCUAUAUCAACAACCUCCAUCCUGUAGAGAAGGCUCACCUAUAUCCAAUCAUCGAGCAGCUGAUCGAAAAGUCCUUGCCAGCUUGGGAUCUCAUCUACAACUGGGAGGAUAAGUUUGCGAUUCAGCGUCUCGUAACAUCCAAUGUUCAGAAGCCAAUGUGCCCUUGUCCGGACAUUUGCGGUCGACGCCGCGCAUGCAGGGCGCAGGCACGUCCUCUCGCUGUAGGAGAGGCCCCACGAAACCGAAAGGAUCCGGAGCGCAACGCUCGAGACAAAGCCUGGUUUCGAGAGACUCAUGGCCCCGUACUUCCUGAUGCUGACCCCGAGGCGAAAGAUUACGUCAAGUUCGCCGCUUCCGACAUCAAAAGCAGUGGCUUCUUUGGAGGUAAAGACCGCUGUCAGGUCAUUGUCAAACUGGCCAAUAUCCAUCUCACGCCGGAGAACCCUGCAUACAAAGGUGGCUCUUGGCAUACUGAAGGUCUUCUGAACGAACAUAUUGUUAGCACAGCUCUGUACUACUACGAAUGUGAGAACAUCACGGACUGCACUCUCAACUUCCGGACAUGUGCCAAUAGAGAAGACCUUGAUGAUUUUGGUGGACGGAGGAAUGCGCAGAGGCCCACAGAGCAUACCGUGCUGCCCGCAACCAACAAGCCUGGGAGACGGAGCAAGAUGCGCACCUUUAUCUAAUGGAGAAACGAAAGGCGUUCCUGAGCACGGUGAGGAAGGCUAAGCGAGC